UCUCUCCGGAGCGCUUUCCUUCAGAUAACCUAAUCCCAGGACGUGCGCAGGCCACACCCGCAGGUGGGCCAUUCCACGCGGCGGAGCUGGGCCGGGCGGGAGAACCCAGGGGAGCUGCCGAGACACAGCGGGGGGAAAAAGCAGCGGCCAGACGGUGCCUGCUGGCGCUCCGCGGACGGCGACGGCUCACAUGGACCCCGGCCAGAGCAUCCCGGGUCACCGGGCGGCCGCCAGGGAACUGCUGCAAGGGGCGGCCGCGGCCGUGAAGGGCCUCCGGGAAGAUCUGAGGGGUGCAGCGAGCCGGCCCUGGAUCCCGAAGCGGGAGGCGCCUCGAGAGGCUGCGGCGGCUGCGGGACACGAGAUCUUACUGCCAAACGAGAGAAACUUUCAGAAUGCUGCAAAAAGCAAUAAUUUGGAUCUUAUGGAGAAGCUGUUUGAAAAGAAGGUUAACAUUAAUGCUGUGAACAAUAUGAACCGCACAGCCCUGCAUUUUGCAGUGGGGGCAAAUCAUAUAUCUGCUGUGGAUUUCUUGCUCAAUCACAAGGCAAGAGUGGAUAUUGCUGAUAAGCAUGGCUUGACAGUACUUCACCUUGCAGCCUGGUCUGGAAGCCUCGAGAUCACGCUCAUGCUCAUUCGAGCUGGAGUAGACCAAAGGGCCAAGAAUGAGGAUGGAAUGAAUGCCCUCCACUUUGCAGCUCAGAGCAAUAAUGUACGCAUUGUGGAGUACCUCAUUCAAGAUCUGCACUUGAAGGACCUGGACCAGCCUGAUGAGAAAGGAAGAAAACCAUUUCUUUGGGCAGCUGAGAGGGGCCACACUGAAAUGAUAGAAAAACUUAUCUUUCUUAAUCUACAUACUUCAGAAAAGGACAAGGAGGGGAAUGCUGCCCUGCAUCUUGCAGCAAAGCAUGGUCACAGUCCUGUGGUCAGGGUGCUGCUAACCCAAUGGCAAGAAACAAAUGAGAUCAAUGAGCACAACAUCACUGCUUUGGAGAUGGCAACCCAGAAUGGGCAUACAUCCCUUGUCAGCUGUCUUCUUGGGGAGAAUGUUGAUCUGCACCAGAACACGGAACUGAAGGACUCCCCUCUUCAUUUAGCUGUUAUCAACAACCAUAUCUCAGUUGUGAACAGCUUAAUAAGGGCACAGCACAACGUUGACACCUUAAAUCAGAGGCGGCAAACUCCCUUGCAUGUUGCUGCUGAUCUUGGCAAUGUGGAACUGGUGGAAACCUUGCUGAAGGCAAGAUGUGACCUGAAGAUUGUUGAUAAGCAAGGGAAGACUGCCCUGGCCGUAGCCUCCAGGAGCAACCACAGCCUUGUUGUGGACAUGAUCAUUAAAGCAGAGAGAUACUAUGCCUGGAAAGAGCAGCAUGGUGAGACCAUCAGGGACCCAUCAACCAGAUUUACUUUGACAUUCAAGCAAGAUCACAGUUUGGAGACAAGACAUAUUCGCAGUCUCCUCUGGAAACUGGCUUACCAGCAGCUUAAGGCCAACGAGUGGCAGAGGCUGGCCCGUUCCUGGAACUUUACAGAUGAUCAGAUCAGAGCCAUUGAGGAGCAGUGGACAGGGAAGGGAAGUUUCCGUGAACACGGCCACAGGGCUCUGCUCAUCUGGCUGCAUGGGACCCUGAUGACACAGGCCACUCCAGUCAAGCAUCUGUAUGAAGAGCUGAUACGCGCAGGCUUCCCAGAACUAGCUGAAAAGAUCCGUCGGCAAAAAAACGAAACAUACUCAAGGUCCAAGAAAUGUGCAGUUUCAUAG